CCGGAAUGUUCAGCUGAAGGGGCUGCACAAACACCUGCUGCAGAGAUACAUGCAUGUAAAGAUACAUGUAGAAACAUUUAGGAGAACACUGCACUCAUGCAUUUGCUUUGUUUGGAAAUCAUUCCUUUGUUUUGGAGCUUUCUGGUUGAGGAAACUUCCAGCCAUAGUGGGAUGUUUGACCAAAACCACCGGCGUUAGUCUGCAGGGUGGUGUGGACAGUGGAACUGGUGGAGCUGGUGGAGUGGUUGUGGCCAGCGAUGUUGGCAUUGUGUCAGUUGUGGCAGGGAAACCUGUGAAAAAUGAAGGUGGACGUGUUGACUUGCCUGGCUCUUGUCGUCAGCCUCAUCACCACAGUGACCGGCGGCCGCAACUCCGGACGCAGGAAGCACAAGGAGGUGUUCCUUGGGGAGAACAGCAAGUUCAAGUUUGGAGGACGUAUUGACUACAAGCUGAAGAGACAGGACAGCACCAAAACACUGCUGAUAAAAACUGAACAGCUGCUGAGGAUCGAGGAGCAUGACUUUGCCAUGAGACCAGGCUUUGGAGGUGCAGCCAUCCCUGUGGGCAUCGAUGUGCAGGUAGAGAGCAUCGACAGCAUCUCAGAGGUCAACAUGGACUUUACCAUGACUCUGUACCUGCGUCACUACUGGAAAGAUGAACGGCUGUCGUUUCCGUCCCGAAACAAUCAGAGCAGGACUUUUGACUCGAGGCUCGUGAAGAAGAUCUGGGUCCCUGACGUCUUCUUUGUCCACUCCAAACGCUCCUUCAUUCAUGACACCACCAUGGAGAACAUCAUGCUGCGGGUUUACCCAGAUGGAAACAUCCUCUACAGUGUCAGGGUCACAGUAACGGCGCUCUGCUCGAUGGACUUCAGCAGCUUCCCUCUGGACACACAGAACUGCUCACUGGAGCUGGAGAGCUAUGCAUAUAAUGAGAACGACCUGAUGCUUUACUGGAAGAAUGGGAACGACUCUCUGAGGACGGAUGAGAUCGUCUUGUCUCAGUUCUUCAUUGAGCAUUUCCAAGCCUCUAGUGGCCUGGCUUUCUACAGCAGCACAGGUUGGUACAAUCGUCUGUUCAUUAACUUCAUCCUGCGGAGGCACAUCUUCUUCUUCAUGCUGCAGACAUACUUCCCCACCAUGCUGAUGGUCGUCCUGUCCUGGGUCUCCUUCUGGAUCGACAGGAGGGCUGUUCCUGCGCGUGUCUCUCUGGGUAUAACCACAGUGCUUACCAUGUCCACCAUCAUCACUGGAGUGUCCUCCUCUAUGCCUCAGGUAUCGUACGUGAAAGCAGUGGACAUCUACCUGUGGACCAGCUUCCUGUUUGUCUUCCUGUCUGUAAUUGAAUAUGCGGCGGUAAACUACUGCACCACUCUGGAGGAGAUGAGGAAGAUGAAGAGAGGGAAGAUCCCAUCCACCUUCAACGCCAGCCAGGCGAUGGCCUUUGAUGGCUGUUUCCAUGACAACGACAUUGAGCUGACUCCUUUCUCCCGCAUGGCACCCACCAUGACCUCUGACCCCCUCGCCACGCCAGACCAGGCCCCAGACAUCCGGCCCACAGAGGGGACUCGCCUCCGCCGGCAGCGGUCCGUGCGUGAAAAUGUGGACCUGUUUGUCAACAACAGCUACAUGAUUGACUCGUACUCCCGUCUGGCCUUCCCUCUGUCCUACCUGCUCUUCAACACCAUCUACUGGAGCCUGUACUCCUGAUCCACCACUGCACUCUCUCCAAGAACCCUGGUGCACUCUAACAGAGUCGAGUUGUGUCAGAGAGCAUGCUGGGGGAUUCCUCCUCUCCACAGGGCUCCACAUGCACUUCAAUGAAUGAACUCUUGAUCGCAGGAGCCCCUUCAGCUCUGGCUACAUCAGUAAUCAUGUUCUUUACAGGAGGAGAUAAAAGCACUCCAGCUCCUCAGAGUAGGAACUCUUAAUUCCGCACAGUUUCACCCCGACAUUUGCCUCACAAGAGCAGGUUGAAUCCAGAGACUUGGAAAUUAAUGGAUCUUAGUUUUUUUUUUUUUUAAUUUAUUUAUUUUUUUUAUUAAGCUAUACAUGUGACUCUUAUCUUGUAAUACUCAAAGGUCUGGUUUCGAAAGGUUAUUUCACUUCUUAGCUACAGGGAGAUUGAAGUUAUGUAAAAAUGUUCUCUUUUUAUUGUUGAAAAACAUCCUUUGCUUUUUGAUGAAUAAUAUGAGCCAACCAAUCAACCA